CGGAAAUCUUAAUCUGCCAGAAGUUUGUACUAGCCGUCUAGUAAAACUACUACGCUAUUUUUCAUGAAAACUAGUUGUAGUUUUGUGUAAAUGCAUGGUACAGUACAUAGUACUGCGAAAUGUAAUUGACAAAUUUUAUCCUGAUUUGUGGACGUUAGCAAAAUGGUAUACCCAUUGAAAACAUGAGUGAAACGCUUUAGCUUGGCGGCUAAUUGUAUGUUGAUGUUUCACUUUCGGUUGGGGUUUGUCUUCAGUUCACGGUGCUCUGGCUAACUGGUAGGCUAAUAAUGGCGUGAUAUUUGUUUAUGGAGCAGAGGAUGCACUUUACAGAGUGCUACCCAGACACCGUCUCGAGUGUUGCCGCUGCGGUUCGUUCGGGCAGUAGGAAGCAGCUGAGGAGGCUGAUAAAGAGAGGGCGCAGUGUGGAAUGUCGGGACAACCGUGGCUGGAGUGCCCUGCACGAAGCGGCGGCCGCUGGCAGCACAGAGUGUGUGCAGGAGCUUCUGUCCGCUGUCGGCGGUAAAAUAAAAAAAGCAGGCUCCUCCCGAGGUAGUCGAGCCUAUGUGAACUCUUUGACACAUGAGGGGGAAUCUGCAUGUCACCUGGCAGCUCAACGCGGACACCUGGCAGUGGUCCAGCUCCUCCUGGAAGCACAUGCCAACAUUGACCAGCUAACUAAUGACUUGUCCUGCCCUUUGUAUGCAGCUGUAGACGGCGGACACAAGGAGGUUGUAGAGCUGCUGGUCUGUGAAGGUGCAGAGGUCAACAGAACACACACCGCAUCCUGCUGGACCUGUCUUCAUCAAGCUGUGUAUAAGGGUCACAGUGAGAUUGUGCGAAUACUCAUUAAUGUGUGCAACCUGGAGGCAGUAGAUGAUCACAGGAUCACCCCUCUCUUUCUGGCUGCACAGUAUGGACAGCAGGAGUGCCUGGAAAUCCUUGUUAAUGCAGGUGCCAACGUGAACACUCAGGCAGCAGAUCUGGCCACACCACUGCUGAUUGCCUCUCAGGAGGGCCACCAAGCAUGUGUGGAUUUCCUGUUGGACCACGGGGCAGAUCCUAACAAAGCCUGCAGUCUGGACUGGCCCCAGCUUCCCAUUCAUGCUGCUGCUGAGUUUGGCCACAUUGGUAUCCUCAGGAGGCUGAUAGCUGUAACAGACCGUAAGUGUGACCGGGGUGAUGGCAUGGUGAGUCCAUUGUAUAUGACCGUCAAAAACAAUCACAUCAAGUGUGUUGAGCUGCUCUUAAAGGAAGGCUAUAGCCCGGAUGCCCAGGACUGCACACACAUACUGGGCCUUAGUUCACCACUCUCCUUAAGCAACAGAACAUACAGCGAGUCGGUGAGGUUGCUGAUAGAAGCAGGAGCAACUCUGAGUGAGGACAACUGGAUGCAUGCCUUCAUUACUGGGGAAAGGGACAUGCUGCCACACAUACUUGAGCACAGAUGGAUUCCUCGACAAGAGGUUUAUACCAUGGGAUUUUCUUCCCCACACAAUCAUGGGAAAAUUGAGUUAACACAGUUUGAACUAAGAGACCUGCUAUGUGCAGUACUAUCCCAAGCACAGUUUGCUGCCAGCUGGCUUCCUCUGCUUAUGAAGGCAGGACUGGAGCCAUCUCUAUUGAUGCAGUCUCGGAUGUUGGAAGAGUCAAAGGGUGAUGUGCUGAAUUAUCUGCUGGAGUUUGUAAACUGGUCAACCCUGUCUUCCUCUUUAAAACAUAUUCUGGAUCAAAGGCGGGCGGAAAAGACUUGGGAACCAUGUCCACGUUUUGACAACAUUCCCCCUCUUUCCCACAUAUGCAGGCUGCAGGUUAGGUCAGUGUUGGGACCAGAUCUAGUGAUGAGGACAAAUGUAGUCGAGCAGCUCCCAGUACCCUCGCCACUUCAUGACUUUCUGAAGUUCAGGGACAUCCCAGAACCUCCUGUACAGACUCGCCACCAUCUGGAUGUUGACGUUGUAUAGCGAGACACCAGAGUACACCUUAACUAAAAUGUUCUAUAUAACUUUUUCCAGAUUUCCUUUUAUGUCGCAUUAAGGCUGUUGAAAUGACCUUGUUUCACAAUGGUUGACAGUGUCUCAUGCAGUGCUGUGCAAAAGUAAAGUGAGGAUACUUAUGUGCUUUACGAAAAUAAAAAAGUACUUGUAAAAAUAUAUGUUCAUAUACACAGUUUAGAUGGAAAUUUCUAGAUCUAUACAAAGGUACUGAGGGUGGUUCUGUUGCACUGUCAUGGGUUAAGUGUUCAUCAGUGUGGUAAUUUUGGAGUUUGGGAUCGCAAGAAUUUUAGAUGUGCAUUCUGCAGAAUUUAAAAUAGUUGAAUUAGACAGAUCAGUUUAACAAAAACUUAGAUGACCUUAUGAUACUGCAUCUGUUAUUUUUCCAACGUGUUUUUAUUUGUAUUAUAGUCAUUCUGUUUGUAGUCACAUUUUUGCAGGACUGGUAUUAUAUGACGUACUAUUUUGUUUAAUAAAGGUGA